AUGACAUCUACGAUAAAAAGACAUGUUUUAAUGAUUGAUAAUUACGAUUCAUUUACUUGGAACUUAUAUCAAUAUUUGCAUCAGUCUCCAAAAUGUGGUAAAGUCGAUGUUUUUAGAAACGAUCAAAUUGAUAUAAACAAAAUUGAAAAUGAAAUAAAGCCAGAUCUUAUAUUUAUAUCUCCUGGUCCUGGACAUCCUGUUACUGAUUCUGGUAUAUCUAAUGAAGCAAUUGAAUAUUUUAAAGGAAAAUUACCUAUAUUUGGAGUUUGUAUGGGACAAGAAUGUAUAUUCAAUGUAUUUGGAGGUGAUGUCUCAUAUGCUGGAGAAAUUGUACAUGGAAAGACAACCACUAUUAAACAUGACGGAAAGGGAAUGUUUGAAGGUGUUCCCCAAUCUGUUGCGGUAACAAGAUAUCAUUCAUUAGCUGGUAGCCAAAAAACUUUACCAGAUGAACUUGAAGUAACAGCAGUCACUGAAACUCAACUGGAAGUUAUAAUGGGAGUAAGACAUAAAACUUACACUAUAGAAGGUGUUCAAUUUCAUCCCGAGUCAAUCCUUACUGAAUCUGGGCAAUUAAUGAUUGACAAUAUUUUAAAUGUCUUUGGUGGAACUUGGGAGGAGAACAUCUCAUAUAAAAAAGGACUUAAACCUACAAUUAAACUGGAAAACAUAUUGGCUAAGAUUUACGAAAAGAGAUUAUUAGAUUAUCAAAAUAUAAUGAAUUUACCAGGUAAAUCAUACAACGAUUUGGAAAUUGAGCUUUCACUUAAUGUUGCACCACUUUUGAUCAGUUUUUACAAUCGUCUAAAAUAUACUCAAGAUCAAUUAAAUCAAACAAUAAUUUUAUCAGAAUUCAAAAGAGCUAGUCCUUCAAAAGGUGAUAUAAAUAUCAAAGCUCAUCCUGGACAACAAGCAAUAACAUAUGCGACUAAUGGUUGUUCAACUAUAUCAGUUUUGACAGAACCAAAUUGGUUUAAAGGAUCAUUAUACGAUUUAUCAUUAAUUAGAAAAGUUAUUGAAGAUCCACCAAAUGCUCCUAAAGAUUAUAAGAGACCAGCUAUUUUGAGAAAAGAAUUCAUUUUCAAUAAGUAUCAAAUUUUAGAAGCAAGAUUAGCAGGUGCAGAUACUGUUUUAUUAAUUGUGAAAAUGAUAAAAAAUUCCUCACUUUUGCAAGAUCUUUAUGAAUAUUCUUUGAGUUUGGGUAUGAUACCGUUAGUUGAAGUUAAUGAUAAAACUGAAUUAAUAGAAGCUUUACAACUAACAUAUCAAAGCAACACCUCCGAUCCAUUAAUUAUUGGUGUCAAUAAUAGAAAUCUUACAAAUUUUGAUGUUGACUUGAAAACAACCAGCUCUUUGGUUGAUAUGGCUAAAAAUAAUAAUGGUAGAUCAGGUGAAGUAUUAAUAUUAGCUUUGUCAGGAAUAACCACAGUUGAUGAUGUUAAAAAAUAUAAAUAUGAGGAUAAUGUUGAUGGUUUUUUAAUCGGUGAAAGUUUAAUGAGAGCGGAAGAAAAAGGAGAAGCAGGUUCAUUCUUACAUGAGUUAUGUUAUUGUUGA